AUGAGCAUUCCACUGUCCGACCACGUCACAGCUUCAAGUCUCGGAUCUCUCAAGUUUCCUCCGUCACCUCCUCAUAAUAGACAUGAACAUGAACGUUCUGCUCUGACGAAAUCCUACGAUUCUUGUCAUCAUCAUCUUAGUUCCAAAGGACUUGGAGGAACACGAAUUUCUCAAGUCGAGAUUACUUCUUUCUAUUCUCCGGCAAAUUCAUUAUACGAGCCAGAUGGAACAUCAACAAUUGCUUCAACUCCUCCAAUGUCCGGGACACAGCAUAUCAAUGGCUCAUCAACUUCAGUUCAACCUCCAUCAGUUUCCUGUGUCUUGCCUCCAUCUCAAUCUACAGUAGCUCCUCAUUGUCUUCAGUGCAAAGGUCACAAGUAUGGCUUCACAUCAUACUUUCACAACACCGCAAUUUUUCCGGAACCGCCACACGAUCUCCUAAUGUUGGUAGAGCAAUCUUAUCUUCUAAGAAACCGGCUCAAGAGCUUGAUGAUUAACUAUGUCACAAGGAGAGUUGACAAUAGUCGUUUGGAAGCGAUCGCUAAUGAGAUUGUGGAUUGGAAAGGUCGCGUAGAAUGUCUAGCAAGGGAAGUUUUGGUAUCUUCAAUGGGAUUUGAAUUGAAUAUGGAAGGUCUGGAAGCAGUCAAUGAUUGGGCGGCGGAUCUAGUUCAACGAUUGGGCAAUCACGUGAAUGGGUUUCGGAGAAUGGAACUCUCGAAAGAAGACCAGAAGAGAUUACUGAUUGACUUUAAGAAACUAUGGGAAGUGGUCUGGACGAGUUUCAUGGCCGACCGGAAUAAGCGGAACACGCCGAGAAGAUCAUUGCGGUCAAGAGAUGCAGUUGAUAUGGAUUCGCCGGACUCGGAACUUUAA